GCUGCCCGAGGAAGCGCCUCGCCAGCGGGGCCCUGCGUUGAGCCCCCGGGGCAGCCGGAGGAGCGGCGGCUCAGAAGGGCGCCGAGCGCGUCCGUGCGCCCUGCCGGCGCGGCGCGUCCAUGGGCAGCCCCUGGAACAGCAGCGCCGGCGCGGACGGCGCGGACGGCGCGCUGCUGCCGUGCGACGAGCGCCUCUGCUCGCCCUUCCCCCUGGAGGCGCUGGUGCCUGUGACCGCCGUGUGCCUGGGCCUGUUCGCCGUCGGGGUGAGCGGCAACGUGGUGACGGUGCUGCUGAUCGGGCGCUACCGGGACAUGCGGACCACCACCAACCUGUACCUGGGCAGCAUGGCCGUAUCCGACCUGCUCAUCCUGCUCGGGCUCCCCUUCGACCUGUACCGCCUCUGGCGCUCGCGGCCCUGGGUGUUCGGACAGCUGCUCUGCCGCCUCUCGCUCUACCUGGGCGAGGGCUGCACCUACGCCACGCUGCUGCACAUGACGGCGCUCAGCGUCGAGCGCUACCUCGCCAUCUGCCGCCCGCUCCGUGCCCGCGUCCUUGUCACCCGGCGCCGCGUCCGCGCCCUCAUCGCCGCGCUCUGGGCGGUGGCGCUGCUCUCCGCCGGGCCCUUCUUCUUCCUGGUGGGCGUCGAGCAGGACCCCGGCCUCGACGCGGUCCCGGACCUAAACGGCAGCGCCCCGCUCACGCCCUCGCCCCGCACCUCGCCGCCACCGUCGCACCCCGGGUCCUCGCGAGCGCCACCGCUGUCCCCCCUGUCGGGCCUCGAGGCCGCGGCGGCCGCGGCUCUGUUCAGCCGCGAGUGCCGGCCCAGCCCGGCUCAGCUAGGCGCGCUUCGCGUCAUGCUUUGGGUCACCACCGCCUACUUCUUCCUGCCCUUUCUGUGCCUCAGCGUCCUCUACGGGCUCAUCGGCCGGGAGCUGUGGAGGAGCCGGGGGCCGCUACGAGGCCCGGCCGCUUCUGGGCGCGAGAAGGGCCACCGGCAGACGGUCCGCGUCCUGCUGGUGGUGGUUCUGGCAUUUAUAGUGUGCUGGUUGCCUUUCCACGUUGGCAGGAUCAUUUACAUAAAUACGGAAGAUUCCCGGAUGAUGAACUUCUCUCAGUACUUUAACAUUGUUGCUUUGCAACUUUUCUAUCUGAGUGCAUCCAUCAACCCAAUCCUCUACAACCUCAUUUCAAAGAAGUACAGAGCAGCGGCCUGGAAACUGCUGCUGGCUACACAGUCCAGACAGAGAAGUUUCUGCCGAAGCAAGGACACCGAGGGGGACAUGGGAGGAGACGCUGCUGGCUACACAGAGACCAGCGCCAAUGUACAGACGUCGUCAACCAGUACCGCCAAGCAAGUCGCCUUGUCCCACAAUGCUGAGACUUCAGGGAAGACAGGUCUGUAGGGAAAUCAGGACUGAAGGGGGCAGGGGGUGGGGGGCGGUACUGAUGCCCUCAGGAAGAGUUGGGAAGAGUGGUCAACAUUCUGCAAUUGGUCAACAUGUCAACAACAUGUCAGCAUGAUGUUCGUUUUUAAAACCAAGGUAUGCAAUUUAACCGCCCUCCAUUUUCCCCCCUCAAGGAUGUUCAUUUCAGACUCACGAAAUCCCACAUCACAAAAUGUGCUCUGGGAGGUUUUCUAAGUCUUCAUUCUCCUAGACUUUGGAAAUAGGAUUGCUCAUUUUCUGGGUAAUAAGAAAGAUGCUGCCAUGAAAAUUGUCACCUCUGAGAUCAGGGGUGUAUUUUGUUUUUAUGUUUUGGAUAUACACGUAAUGGUGCCUAUACAAGGAACCCAGGAUAAUAAGAGUUUUUAUUCAAGAAAUUACUUAAUGUCUAUAUAAGGUAGCAAAAUUGUUUAGAAGUAAGUGAAAGGAAUUCUGGGUAAAAACCAAUGUGCAGCUGCCUCACUCCUGGCUCAGAACAAAUCAUAGAGUUUAGGGACAACACUGUCUUUCAGAACUGCUGUUCAUAUGCACCGUGUUGCAACCCACUUGUCCCCAACACUGCCCAUGGGGCUUGCCGGGCGCCAUUGCCGUGAGGUAACAAACCUGGGCACGGAAGCCUGAGAGCAGGGAGCUGCAGCAGGACUUGGCUUCUUGACAGAGUGACUACUAAUGACAUUUAUGAAGAUCUGAUUUGCCUCAGCUUGGUGGGAUAAGAGUUGUCAUCAUUCCUGUUUUACUGGUAAUGGAACGGAAUCUUACAUUUCCCAGACAGGAACUGGUGGGUCUGAGUCCGAACUCCGAUCUUUAAGAUUCUUACCCACUCCCACCCUGAGAAACUGCUCUUAGUGAAAAAACACAAGGGUCCACGGAUGCCGUCAAGGGUGAAGGAGAAUGUCUUGGGCAUUCUGACCAACAGCUCUGUAACUGUUUUGUGUUUUAGUUAAAACACAGAACUGUCUUCAGAGGGCUGCGGUUGCCGCCUCACCCAGCUCCAGGGGGCCUCAUUCACACCACAGUCUAUAUGAAUGGCGCCCCCUGGAGGUGGGCAGGGCGCAGAGUGCUGAGUUGUAAACUACAAACGGUAAAGGGGAAAACAAGACUCUGCUCAACGUGCUGACAAAGUUCUGUCACGUUUCCAUGUAAUUAACUAAACACAGGGGUGCCUUCAAGUCCCCAUAAAGGAUGCUAACACCCUGGCCCUGCCCUCAAUUGGUAC